AUGGCAAAUGACCUUUGCAAUGAUAAGAUUGAAGACAAGAAAAUUUGCUGGGAGACAUGUGAUGGUAAUAUAAACGAAGGACCAAAACCUGAAAUACCGAAAGAUAUUAAAUGGUUCUAUACACCCUCAUAUUCCAUCAAUAUUACUUGGAUUGGUGAUGGAACAUUGUAUUUGUUGAAAAUGAUCAAAAAAAUUGGGAACAAUGAGUAUAGCUAUCAUUUUCUUACAACAACAACAACACAGCUAAAUUAUACGAAAUCUGAAACAAAUUUUUGUAAUCCAUUGCUAUUCCAACUUGCAUCAGUGACAACUGCAGGAAUUAGCAAUUUUAGCAAUGUGCAAGAAAUACCUGCAAGUUCACCUGAAAUUAUAGAAAAUUUAACUGUCAAAUCUAUGGAAUAUAUUAAUCAAUCAUUCAGCGAAAGUGGUUAUUACUCUAAUGGAACUAUCAAAUUAAUUUUACAGUAUGCAGCACCAAAAUAUAAUUGGCCAUUGGGUGAAAAGGAUAUAAAAAUAGAUUUACUCUUCCAUAUGGUUAGUUGUAAUAUUCCCGAUUUAUCAAAAGCAGUACCAGCUCCAGAAUUCGAAAGAAGUGAAGAGCCACGAACUUUGGUUGCUGAAUUUGGCGCUGAUUUAAUGUAUCGUAAAUGUCAAUUCUUGUAUUAUGUUAGUGGAGUUCAGAGUUAUCGUUGUGGUACCACAAAAACAAACAAUGAUUUUAAUCAAAAUUCGAUGAAACCAUUGAAAAUAAAUUGUGCUACCGUACUGAAUAGUCCAUGUGAUGAUAAACCGUUGACACAUCAUCCACCAAUGUGCGGUCAAGUAGAGGGAUUUACCUAUAGUAUUCUCAACGAUCAUAUUAAUCCGGAUGACGUAAAUAGCAAUAUAACUGUCAACGUGACAUUCCGGUCCACGUUAAUGAACAAAAAACCACUUUAUUUUGUAGCUUUUUAUGGUGAUGCUGAACCAUUUAAUCGAGAAAUUGAUGUAGAAUUGCUUGGUGUUAAUAUGCGCCAUAUUUUGGGUAAUGCAACAAAUUGUCCAAAAUUUAACAGUAAUGGCACAUGUGCGGCAAAAUUGAAUCUCGUAAAUGCAUCGAUAAUAAUAACAAAUUUACAAAUGAAUAAAUUAUACGGUGUGACAAUAUGCGCUGUUAUCGACCCUCAUAAUUUGACAUACCCAGAAGUAAGCGGUGUUGCACUGGGCAUGAAGUCAAAAGCUAAUAGAAUAUUUAUUGAUUCUGCAGCAUUUAAAAAACAACGUCCAGGCUUAUUAACAGGACUUAUUGCUGGCAGUACGGCAACUCUCUUAUUGCUUCUUGUUGGCACAUUUAUUUGGAUUCAGCGAAAACAAAAUGCUAAAGUGAAAAUGCAUCAGCUAAAGCUCGAACAAAUGAAAUACAACAACGAUUUAAGAUAUACUAAUUUACCAAAAAAACAAGAUAUAUGGGAAUUAGAGCGUCGAAAUCUCAUUAUUUACGAUGAUCAAAAGCUUGGUUCGGGUGCAUUUGGAUCAGUUUAUAAAGGUCGAUUGAUUGGUAUUGCAAAAGGAAAUAAAAAUGCUCAAUCUACCUUGGGUAUUAAUCUGAUGAGAGCCGAGAAUUGUGAUGUCGCAGUGAAAAAAUUGCUAGAAUAUGCUGAUCAACUAUCGAAAAGUGAAUUCCUGAAUGAAAUUUCAUUGAUGAAAACAUUGGGUUAUCACGAACGAUUAGUCAAUAUGUUGGCAUGUAUCACAGAAACAGAACCUUAUUGCUUAAUUGUUGAGUACUGUUCAGAUGGCGACUUGCUACAUUUCUUGAGGAAACGAUGUGCUUAUAUGAUAAAGCUUACCGAAAUGGGUAUCGAUUAUGAUGAACCAAAUUUGAAUGAAAAGAUUGAUCAGGACUUAGUGAUAACACUUAAACAAUGA